AUGGCACAAUCAGCAAUCCUCAGUGCCCUUGGCCUGCUCGCCUUGACCGCUUCUCCCGUCGCUGCUUUCUGGCGCUUGCCAUGCCAGGCGCCUGUUGUCGUUGAAAGGGCCGAUCCGAUCAUCAAUCCUGGAGUCGCAUCUCCUCAUCUUCAUACCAUCAUGGGCGGAAAUGGGUUCGGCUUCAGUAUGGAUUACGCUCAGACCCAGGCCUCAUCGUGUUCUACUUGCACAGUGCAAAAGGAUAUGUCGAACUACUGGAUACCUAAUCUCUGGUAUGCGGGGGAAAACGGAACCUUCACCAGUGUUCCGCAAGUCGGCGGUGUCCUGGUUUACUAUCUACAACGUCCAGGUAAUGGAGAAAAGCUCACUGCUUUCCCAGAAGGACUUCGCAUGGUUGCUGGUGAUUCGAUGAAGCGCAGCUUCGGCAACGACAAGGAAUCGCGUGCAAUCAGCUAUGCUUGCUUGAACUUCAACGGCCCAGCAACACCUGAGACCAAUGGUUUUCCCACCAGAAAAUGCUCCAGUGGCCUUCGUGCCCAGGUCUUCUUUCCGUCAUGCUGGGAUGGAAAGAACCUCGACUCACCAGAUCACAAAUCUCACUUGUCUUAUCCUGUCAACGAUCAUGCUUAUGGCUCAUGCCCACCAUCACACCCUGUCCAUUUUGUCUCUCUCUUCUACGAGGUCCUAUUCAGCACCGAUUUGUUCGAUGAUAUGUGGUAUGGUGAUAAGCAACCCUUUGUGUGGUCGAUGGGCGACCCGACUGGCUACGGUCUCCACGGUGACUUCUUCAAUGGCUGGGAUGUUGCUCAUUUGCAGAAAGCCAUUGAUGAGUGCACCAGCAACAGCGGACGGGUCGAAGAUUGUCCUAUAUUCAAAUUGACUACUAACGAUGUUGCAAAGGGAUGCAGGAUCCCACCUUCUAUCGACGAGCAGACUAGUGGUACACUGGACGCACUUCCAGGCUGCAACCCUGUACAGGCCGGGCCUGGGAGAGCUGUAGCUCAAACUGACUGCGAAGUGUCCAGUGUCAUUGGUAAGCCGCAGGCCUAUUUUACCGACCUCACCCAGACGAAGGGAUGGUCGUACGUCGGAUGUGGCACUGACAGCAUAUAUGCACGCAAGUUUACCGGCGCCAGCACUAGUUCAAGGACCAUGACCGUCGAGACUUGUGUUGAUUUCUGCUCUGGCAAAGGUUUCUCCGUUGCCGGCACUGAAUACGGUAAUGAAUGCUACUGCGCCAAUUCUAUUCCGUCCGAUGCCGCUCCCGUUCCGGGAUACAUGGGUAACUGCAUGAUGCCAUGUGCUGGAGACGCGGGUGAGUACUGCGGUGGAGGUGGUACCAUCUCAUUGUAUCAAAAAUGUACUGGCAGCUGUCAGAAUGUUCAAUUCGCUGUUGUUGGCAAUUCUACCACCCCGGCAGCCAACUCUGCCCCUUCUGUGAUGUCUAACAUUGCUGUGACAAGUUCUGCCACAUCAAAGGCAGCGUCUUCACAAUCGACCGUGCCCGCGACCGCUCAGCCAACAGUAGCGGCUGCGAGUGCUUCUCUAUCCAGUAUGACAGUACAGACAAAUGGAUAUUACGGCUCUCAAUCUGCGUCUUCCUUGCCUGUUAUAAGCAAGACUCCCGCCAGCUCUGCAGAUGAUGGCGAGGCUACGAGCGCACCUGAAGGCGUCAUUGCAAUUCCUACAGACGCGACAUCUGCUGGCGUUUCUCCUACCAUUUCUGGCACCGCGGUAACCGAGGCUACAAGCUUCCCCAUUCCUUCUUCUGUGCCAAAGACCAAUGUCACCUUACCUGAUGGCUGGAAAGCCGGCGGCUGCUACGUCGACCCCAUCCGCCCUCGACUGUUCAAAUUCUGGGCACCCUUCUCCGGCAAUGAGAUGUCCAGCUCCAAGUGCGUGGCUUACUGCGAUGAGCAGGGCUUUCCCUUCGCAGGCACACAGAAUGGGGGCCAGUGUUUCUGCUCCGAGGAUAUUUCUGAGAACGCGGAGCUGAAGGAUGAGGAGGAGUGCAGCACCCCGUGCAAGGGCGUCAAGGGCGAGAUGUGCGGUGGACCUGGUAGACUCUCUGUCUUCACUAAGCUUGAUGACGAGUCAGAUGUGGGUAGUAAGAAGAAGAGGCAUCUGCAUAAACAUCGUCGCAGCCAUUAUGCCGCGGUGUCUUAG